CAUACAAUUGUAAAUUUUUGUAAGCGAUGUCAAAAACUUUUGUAUCGUAUACCAAAUUGCAGUUUAUCUGAUAACUUGAUUAAGAAUAAUUAUGCUGAAAAUAAUAUUUAUAUAUUUUUUACUGAUUGCAAUAGAUGCUUCAGUUCAAGGUGCUGCUGACUUAUUUUGCUCAGAAGAUUUCUGUUCGUUUUAUAUCGAGAAAAAUGAAUGCAUGCAUACGAGUGACGCUUGCAGAAUUCAAAAUAGGACUUAUAGCGGAGAGCUGUUUCCGGGGGAAGUACCGUGUGGCUGUUGCAAUGUUUGUCUUCAAAAUCUUCGUGAAGGUGAUCCUUGUACAAUUGGUUCUCCAGACGUUACACCUCCAAUGCUUGUUUGUGGACCAGGUUUAUAUUGCAAACAAGAUGGCGUCUCAACUGAGUUCACUUGUCAAAAAAUGACACACACAGAAUGUUUUCGUGAACAAAUUGCAUACGAUGAGAAGAAAGCUGCUGGGCUUUUGGGAUCUUUUAUGCAGCGUCCUAUAUGUGAUGGUGAUGGUAAUUAUCUAUCAGCAAAAUGCGUUCUAGGACAGUCGUGUUUUUGUGUGAAUAAAAAUGGCAAGAGAAUCUUUGGGGAGGCUCCUUAUAACACGAUUACCGAAGCAACAAUGAAAUGUGAAUGUUCCAGAUUGUUCGACCAGUUCAUGAGUACCAUGAAGUUUAAGUAUCCUUUUAUGACAGCUAGAUGUCAGGAAGAUGGCAGUUUUGAUCCAUUGCAGUGCAUGAAUGGAAAGUGUGUUUGCAUUGAACCUGAUUCUGGUUCGCCAUCGAGUUCUGUCACUGUGGUCACUGGAUCGGAUUACAAACGGAUGCCAUGUUUUGAUCGUAAAAUGCAUUUGGAAUAUAAAUAUAAUCACAAUUGUGAAGAAAUAAGGAAUGAAUUGAUGGAAGAAAUUGAAGCAGCACAAGGUAAACAAUUCACGGUAUUUGGAUAUGAAUUCCCAAAUUGUCAGCCAGACGGUUGGUUUGAGGCCGUUCAAAAAGAUGGAGCAAAACUUUUUUGCGUGGAUAAAUACAAUCAAAGAAUUGAAGAAUUCGAAGCUCAAUCAGGAAGUCAAGAGGCAAUUGAAAUGAAUUGCAAAUGUGCUAGAACGCGUCAUUUGAUGCGUAAGCAACAUUCUAAGUAUUUGCCGGAAUGUACACCUAAUGGGAACUUUAAAAAGGUACAAUGCAGAGGCGAAAUAUGUUAUUGUGUGGAUGAAAAUGGAAUACAAUUGACAAAGGAAACACAAAAUAUUUUGGAUAUAGUAUGUUGAAAAAAAACCUUCCUAAAUUUUAUAUGUAUCUAUGGA